ACAACAUUGCUCUUCACAAACACACAAGAGAGAGAGAUCUAGAGAGAGAGAGAAAUCUAGAGAGGGAGAGAGAAAAUGGCAACCAUGGGAGGCAACGCAUUGAGAGCACCAGUUGCUGGCUUGGGCACUUCCUCUCUCUCCCCUGCACGCCCUCCAUCAAGGAUCAACCUUCAAUCUAGUUUUCUUAGAUCCCCCGCAAUUGAAGUUAAUCCUCUCAAGGUAGCUGCAUCAAACUCAAACGGGAGGUUCACUUGCUUCAGAGGUGAUUGGCUGCGAACAGACCUUAAUGUAAUUGGCUUUGGGCUGAUCGGGUGGAUUGCACCCUCUAGCAUUCCCGCCAUUGAUGGGAAGAGCUUGACAAGCCUCUUCUUUGACAGCAUUGGAACUGAGCUUGCUCACUGGCCCACUGGCCCUGCUCUUGGCUCUCAAUUCUGGCUGUGGUUGGUCACAUGGCACUUGGGUCUGUUCUUGUGCCUCACUUUUGGGCAGAUUGGUUUCAAGGGCAGGAGUGAAGGCUAUUUCUGAUAUCAGCACUAAUCUCGGAUCCUUCCAUGUAUUCUAUUUUAUCAUUUCACCGAAAUGAAAAGAAUGUAUUAUGAUA